AUGCACAUAAAAGGAUUGCAAGAGAUGAUGUGCGAAUCGCAAUCUGAAUGUACCUCAUGGAUUCGACUUUUCAGAGCCUUCGAUUUGGAUCACGACGGCUACAUUCCUACAACGGAUCUGAAACGAGCUAUCCGUGAUUCAGCGUUCUCGUUCGGUUUGAAUCCAGAUGAAGUUGUCACAAUGAUUGCUAAUAUCGAUCAAAAUGGCGACAAGCUUAUUGAUUUUUCGGAAUUUUGUACGUUGAUGAGUCGAGUAAAGCAUCUACGGCUUCGCCACCUGAUGUUCAGAGCAGCUCAAUUUGUCGUACCACGAUCAAAGCGAACUGAGCAUUUCGACUAUUUACAAAAGUACAAAUGCUGCCCUCCACCACUUUUUAUGGUUAUCAUAAGCAUAAUACAGGUUGCCAUCUACAUCUACUAUACAGCCGAAUCCGGUGAAGGUAUAAGUAUAACUGGACCGGUGCCAACGAAAUCUCCUCUUAUCUUCAAUCCUUAUCGCAAAGACGAAGUGUGGCGAUUUAUAACCUAUAUGUUCAUCCAUAUCGGAAUCUACCAUAUCACAUACAAUGUGCUCACCCAACUUCUUCUUGGUUUACCGCUUGAACUCGUCCAUCAAUGGCGCGUAAUCGUCGUCUACUUAGCUGGAGUUCUUUCUGGCUCGCUACUGGUAUCAGCAGUAGACCCUCACGUCUUUCUCGCCGGUGCUUCUGGAGGUGUCUAUGCCCUUCUUGCUGCACAUCUAGCUGAACUCAUAAUGACUAUGCCCUUCUUGCUGCACAUCUAG